UACAACGGCUUUGGAUCUGUCUCGGAAAACGUUCUGAAACUGCAAGUUGUCGAGCACGCACACUGCAUCUGGGUGGCAGCGCCAGUCGGAAAUGCUACUUGACCUUGGAGUCUCAGCCACCACGAAAGGCAUGGCGUCCUUCCAGCUCUACCAGCUCCUCCUCCCUCUCCUGGCCACCGUCGUCUCUCUCAUAUGCAUCAGCUGCGCGACGCAACGGCGCCGGCGCCGCGGGGGCGCCCGCUUGCUGCCACCGUCUCCGUGGGCCCUCCCGGUGAUCGGCCACCUCCACCACCUCGCGGGCGACCUGCCGCACCGCGCCAUGCGCGACCUGGCGCGACGCCACGGCCCGCUCCUGCUGCUUCGCCUCGGCGACCUCCCCGUCGUGAUCGCUUCCUCCGCGGACGCCGCGCGCGAGGUCAUGGUGGCGCGCGAUGUCGACUUCGCCACGCGCCCCAUCAGCCGCAUGCUCCGAUUGUGUAUGCCCGUCGGAAUAGAGGGGAUCGCCUUUGCGCCGUACGGCAACAAGUUGCGGCAGAUCCGCAAGAUCUGCACCAUGGAGCUGCUCAGCCCCCGGCGCGUCCAGUCCUUCCGGCCCGGGCGCGAGGCGGAGGCCGGCCGGCUGCUCCGGGCAGUGGCAGCUGCGGCUGCGUCGUCUGCCCCGGUGAACCUCAGCAAGCGGCUGUCAGCGUACGCUGCCGACUCGGCUGUACGCGCCAUCAUCGGGAGCAGGUUCAAGGACCGGGACACGUUCCUGAUGAUUCUACAGCGCCGGAUCAAGCUGUUCGCUGGGAUGAGCUUACCGGACCUCUACCCGUCGUCCCGCCUCGCCAUGCUCAUCAGCCGGAUGCCAGGCCGGAUGAAGCGACACCGCGAUGAAUGGGACGCGUUCAUGGACGCCGCCGUCCGCGAGCACCAGGAGAACAGAGCGGCCGACGAUGACAAGGAGGGCUUGCUCGACGUGCUCCUGAGGAUCCAGCGGGAAGGCCACCUGCAGUUCCCCAUGUCCAUCGACAACAUCAAGUCGGCCGUCGGGGACUUGUUCGCUGGGGGGAGCGACACGUCGGCAACGACCCUGGAAUGGACCAUGGCCGAGCUCGUGAAGAACCCCAGAGUGAUGGGGAAGGCGCAAGACGAGGUCCGGCGAGCCCUCGCCGGACAACCCGAGGUGACAGAGGACUCCCUCGGCGGCCUCAACUACAUGCGCUUGGUGAUCAAGGAGGUGCUCCGGCUGCACCCACCGGCGCCGCUGCUGCUGCCGCGGGAGUGCAUGAACGACUGCCGGGUCUUGGGCUUUGACGUGCCCAAGGGGACCAUGGUGCUCGUCAACGCCUGGGCCAUCAGCAGAGACCCUGCCCACUGGGACGCCGCCGAGGAGUUCAUACCGGAGAGGUUCGAGCACGGCGAGGUCGACUUCAAGGGGGUGGACAUGGAGUACACCCCUUUCGGGGCGGGCCGGCGGAUGUGCCCCGGGAUAUCGUUCGGCUUGGCCAACGUGGAGCUCGCGCUCGCCGGGCUGCUGUACCAUUUCGACUGGGAGCUGCCCGGCGGGGUGGAGGCCAAGGAGCUCGACAUGACGGAGAAGAUGGGAGUCACCGUCCGGCUGCGCCGUGACCUUCUGCUUGUUCCGGUGGUCCGAGCGCCCGUACCACUAGACUAG